CAGUUCACCUAUUCGACUUGGCUUACACCAGCCGGACUCCGGCUUCUAGGCCUGCGCCGCCAUGGCCCCAAGACUGAUAGCCCGGAAGAUUGUAUUCCACCAGGCAGGAUCCAGAUCACGAUGCCUGAGAAGUUUUGCCAACCAGUCCCGCCUCACCACAUCCACCGGAUCACGACCGAGCCUGCCUUUUCUCUUUAUUCCUAGAGCGAGCCCCAACUCUGUCCGGUGCUAUACUUCCGAGCGGCGACGGUGGUGGAAGCACGAGGCGAAGCUCGUGGUGCGCUACACCCUCACCUUGUGGGGAGUUGUGGUGUGCGUCUUGACGAUUCUGUUCGCCGUCAACGAAGAGGUCGUGGAACGAGAAUUCCCUACGCCGCACGAAUGGCACUAUCUGACGAGAAAAUUCCUGCGCGAUGCGAACAACUUCAAAGAUCCAAAGAAUGGAGAGGUCAAUUGGGCUAGAGCCCUGGAGCUAUCACGGGGAGUGGUCAUCCGGCUGGAAGAUCCGAAGACGGGAGGACAGGACGUCGUGAAACUGUCGGAUAUCGUCGAUCCAUCGCUAGAGGUGCCUGGCGAGUUUAUUGCCUGCGACAUCUCAGAGAAGUCGGAGGAAUGGAGGAGAGGCUACUAUGAAGCCAUCAUGCUAGCCGCCAAAGCCGCAGAGCAUGUUGACGGCUGGCAGCGAGAUAUCACGCGGAAUAUCGUCACCCCUCCCGAAUUCGUCAUCGGCCCGUCCAAUCCUCACCCGACUCCAAUCCCUCCAGGCAACCCGUCAGCUCCUCGUGAAGAGGAUUGUGAGCUCGCUUACCCGUCUGCUGACAAUUGGUAUACCAAGAUUCUCGCGACCAAAGGCCUGAACUCCCGCCAAAUGGUGGAAGCAUGCCUGGAAUAUGCGAGCUUCAUGGAGUUCAAGAGCAAUCCCCAAGGCGCCGAGUCCCUCUACAAACUAGCACUAGCCGAGGCAACCGCCGACGUAGACCCAAAGAAACUGCCAUACGACCCAAAAACCCUAGUCCUAAAGGAUCGCGCCGAACCACCCUCGAUGAACGUCCUCAGCGCCCUUACAGCCAUGGCCAAUCACGUGGCUCGCAAAGGCGACAUCUCCUCCGCCCUGCCAAUGUACCUUUCCAUCCUCAAAGCCCGCCGCUCACUCUCCAACGACCCGCCCCGCACACCCUUAUCCAAGGCCAAGCGCGAACCCAUCUAUCAACAGAUGUUGAACUUCUUCGCCCCGCCAGAUUAUCCCCCGCCCCCACCUGACGGGGCCCUUCCCCCCUGGAGAAGCACCCUAGAACGCUGUCAAGAAGCAGCUCUGAAUCUAUACAUUGGCGAAAUCCUCUACGCGACAGGCUCGCGCGACGAAGGCCUGGCCUGGACGAGAGAUGGAGUCGAUCUGGCAGAGGAACAGCUACGAAAUCCGAAAAUAAACGAAGACAGCCGUGGCACGAAGUCAACGUGCAGAAACUGUCUGUCUACUGGACUGGACAACUGGUCUAUUAUGGUAUCAAGAUUGGCAAAAGAAGAGAAGGACAAGAAGGCAACAGGAUCCCAGUCAUCCGUCUUCUCCUUCUGGAGUGGACCGUCACGAGAGACGGAAGGCCGCUGGGAAGCCGAGGAGGCAGUUAUUCAGGACCGCGUGAAGCGGACGCGGGAGUUAUUGGAGGAUGUUCAGGCGCCAAAGCCUGGUAUUGUGUCUUAUUUCAAGGUUUAAAUGCGGGCAAUACGCCAAGCUUAUCCUUUUGAUGUAUUAAAAAGUGCAUUGUCAGAAUCAUUUCAAAGGACGAUGCAAAAUCUCAUGUAGUAUUAGUAAGAGUUAAUGGAGAAGGCCAAAGUUUUUGCUUUGCAGUGGCAUCUAAAAGUGCCUUAACCACUGAGUCUAUGCGAAGUCAUCUACCUGCCAAGAUGAAAAAUAGAACCAGCGGCUAUAAAUAUCCCAAAUAGAAUGUCUAUCAAUUAAAGACAGCGCUCCAAUAUCAAUACGAGCUUUAGAUCUCUG